GCGUAUGAUACGCUGCGUAUCGGCUCCGGCUCACUGAGCGGCAGAGCAGCGGCGAAGCGCGUCGGGCGGCUAUGCCGUGUGUCAUCGAUAAUGCAACCGGCGCGAUUUCUGACAGCUGACAGCGGUGUGAUGACGUGCCGAUGAUGCGAGGCGAUGCGCCGCUCUGACCAUCGCGCGAGCUGCAGGCCCGUAUUCGAGCAGAGAUGCAAGGCAUUUGCGAGAACAUUCGCACGGCGAUCGAACACGGACGUACCGACAUUAUCAGAUCGCUGUUGGACGCGUGUGACGAUAGUAAUGCGGCAGACGGCAUUACGAGAGAUAAGAUACUGAACCAACCGGUCUUGGAGGAAGGGACUUUCUUAUCGUACGCCUCGAAGACCAAUCAAGCGGACAUUGUGCGAACUCUCCUGAGUUGUGGCGCUGAUCCAGCGGUGCAGAACGCGAAUGGACACAAUGCCGUAGACGUUGCUUCAAGUGAUGCAAUACGACGUAUUUAUAUAGAGGAAUUGUUGAGGGCGACAGCUGCUUCGGAGGUAGAUAGAGUAGUACAGUUGCUGGACGCUGGGUUGGACGUGAACUCGUGGGAUUCGCAGGGCAGCAAGAACACGCCGUUACACUGGGCAGCGUGCUAUGGAAAUAAGGACAUUAUCACAUGUUUAAUUGAUAAGGGGGCUGACGUAAACGCCGAGAAUGGUUGUGGUGCGACGCCGCUGCACGACGCGGUGAAUCGUGGCGAUGUCGCUAUCUGCCAGGAACUGCUACAAGCCGGUGCGAAUCCUCUCGUACGAGCUACCAAGGGAACGUUCGCAGGAAAAACGCCGUACGACCUGUCCAGGAAGAAGCAAUCCCUGCAUUGUUUCCUUCAAAGAUUUGUAUCGAAUUUUAUACUAAACGAAAGCGAAACGACGCACAAUUCCACGACGUCGUUCAUGGAGGCAAACAGCUUUUGCCAGACUAUCGUGGGCACUAUGAGCCAACUCUCGGUUGAAUCUAGCAAGUCCUCGGAUCCGGUGUACGAUGUGCCUUCGCGCGAAGCAGGCAGGGAGAGCCCCGGUAGAUCGAUCGCUGACAAAGCGAGCGUCUACAGUUUGCUGUGGCCGCAGCCCAAGUCGGUGAUCGAACUGAAAAAUUUUGCAGCCCCGUUCAUCGCCGGAAAGGAGCUUUUUAUAUCGAUAAUACAGGCGAGCGAAUCUGUACAUAGAAUAUUAGACGUGUGGGAGAUCAGUAGAACUCAUCUGCUGGAGCUGGGCCACGAUGUGAAGAUCGGCGAGGUGCAGCCCAGCUCCGGCAAGCUGCUCAACGACAACACGAUAGAAUGCAUCGUGAACAGAGGGCUGUUCAACAUCGCGGACGGUUAUCAGCUGCACAUCACGCAGAACUCGAUCAAAGUGAGCGCCGGCAGCCUGGCGGGGCUGCAUUACGCGGUCUGCACGUUCGUGCAGAUUCUGCGACUGAGCAAGAACCAGAGCAGGUCGGAGGUGUGCGAGAUCGAGCCGGUCUUCAUAAAGGACGAGCCGAGAUUCGCGCACCGCGCGAUAUUGCUCGACAUCUCGCCCAGGGGACGCAUACCGACCUUGGAGUACCUGCUGCACACCAUCGACCUGUUGUCAUCGUUCAAGAUCUCGCACCUGCAUCUCUACUCGAGGCUCAUACCGAAUUGCGACUGGCAAUUCUGCUACACGAAAUCCGAGAUGGUGACUUUGGACAGAUAUUGCAGAGAUCGUCACCUGGACAUAGUUCCCGCGUUGGACGUCGACUCCAACGUCGGGCAGCAUCACCUGACGCAAAUGUGGCCUAUAUUUCAGGAAUUACUCGCCGUAUUCCCGAGUUUAAGUUACGUUCAUGUCGGUCCCCGACUGGCCAGCCUACUAGUGCAAGCUGACAACUUGGACCCGAACGUGUCCGCCAACGACACCAUCGAGACGGACAUGUCCGAGGUGUUCAAGCCGUACUCGUGCCUUCAAGAACUCUGGCAUCUCCUCAACCUGAACUCGAGCACGACUCUGCUGUUGUGCUCCAACGGUUUGCAUUCCAGAUCGGAGUUUCACAACGUUCCUACCAAUAUCAUACUCGUCGAGUACGGAUUUCAGGCCGAUUACGAUUUCUCCGAAUGGACGGAAGCGUUUAGAGUGGCGGGCGGUAACGUUCUACCGAGCUCCGGCACAGCCAGCUACAACAGCUUGGCAGGCUGCCCAGCAUCGACGUACGCCAACACGAGAAACGCGAUAAAAACCUCCCUGGAGCAGAACUCGAUCGGCAUCGUGGUCGCGCAGUGGUCGGGCAGCCAUCACCUCACGCCGCAUCCUUUCGCGUGGGUCGGCUACUUGGUGGCGGCUGGUUUAGCCUGGAACCCGAUGACCGAGCUAGACUUGAGCCCUGAUGAAAAUUACGACGUUCCUGAAUCGUCCGCGUCCGUUAGGGAAAAAUAUAUCACGAAAUUACUGGACAUCCAUGUGUUCCGAGAUUCGGAGUAUAAAAUUGGCAGUACGAUACUAGAGCUGGGACGUCUGGACACGCUGGUGUUGACGCUGAGCAAGAAUCAAUCGAUCAAGGACUUGCAACAAAUUCCGGACAACCGCGGAUCCACGCUGUACAGAUUAUUGACCGAUCCGGAUAACGUGAACCUGGAAUACCUAUCAGCUGAUUUAUUCGCCAAACUGACGAAGCAGAUAAAGCGGAUAUCGCAUUCCUUAUACGAGGCAAAUCUUGCGUCGAAAUUCGGGUCUAUGGAGAUACAGGAGCUGCAGCUGACCUCCGACCUGAUGCUCACGGCUUGUAAGAUCGGCAGGACGUUAAUCGGGGUCGGCGUGAAUCCAAACAGCAAUAUGGGCCUGGCGGUAAUCAAUCUGGGAGUGUGCAACCUGCCACCCACUUUCAGAACUGACAUAGCGAACAAGAUGCUGGCCCACAUCGAGCAGUACAAGGGCUCCUGGCUGCAGAGGCAUUUACCACAGGGCCUUCAGAGCUCGUUGUUAGUCUUGACCAGCGCGCUGCACAGAUUCGUGCCAGAAACUUAAUAUUCCCUUUUUUAUUUUAAGUAAACGAGACUACGUUCGUCUUGGCAUGGAACGUCUUAGAGAACGCGAAUGUCCAAACGGCUUCUCCACGGGGAGUCCCUUGGAUUUUUGUAUUUUAAAACGCUUUAUUUUGCAUUUGAAAAUUGUUAGUCGAUAAAAGUUCUAUGAAAGACUGCAACACGCGAAUACACGCGGCAGACCGCGGAACGCGUGUAACACGUAUGCAGGAUCCUAAGCUGAAUUCAAAUAGCAACUAUGUUGAGAGCAAUAUGUACUUGUACCUUUAUAUAACAUACUGAUUAUACUAUUGUAUAUUUGCUAUGCGAGAGACUGUUUCUCAAUACCUGCCAGAAGUAUUUGCGGGAGGAUGGGAUUGGCUCGAACGAGACUCGCGGCUCUGUUGAGGAAACGCAAUUUGAUUCAUGCAAUUAUAUAGAAAAAGAAUAUUUGUUUUAUCAAAUACAGAAACGUUUUAUUAAUUAUGUUCGCUGUCAUUAUUGAUUGUGUUAAUAAUCGCACGAGAACUACGGUGGUAGUGUAAUUAAUAGCGAAUGAGUUUUACAUAAAUAUCAAUUUAUUUUCCUAUGAACAUGUAUGUAAAUGCAGAUUUCGAAAUUCCUUUCGCGAAAAUAAGGUAAUAUAUAUUUUUUAUAAUACUAAUAAAUUUGAUACAAUUAUGGUAUAGUACUCAUAUAUAUGUAUAGUACUUGCAAUAAACAAUAUCGAUCUAUAA